GGCAGUUGCUUACACUGGGUCAUAUCUCACUAGCAAUGAUUACUUUUUGAAAUGGCACAUAAGACAUGUGACUCAAAUAUAAAGCGUUGUCACCUGACGUCAUAGCCGUUAUGUUAAUCUGCCUAUUGAAAAAAUUUUAAUGAAGUUACUUUGUUCGCUACACCAAUAUGCCUACUUCCAUGUUCGUUUUAUUCCACUUCAUUUCAGAUGAGUACAAAUAUCACACUAUUAUCAGUUGCAAUGUGGACGAGAAUGACGAGAACAGUCCUUAUAAAGCCUUGGACAGCGGUAAGGCGAAGAAAAUGUUCGUGGUGAAUCAACACGAGGGACAACCUCUUUCAUUGGAUGCCAAUGGUGACGAGGAAUUCUUCAUCGGAAAUGUGAACUACGGCCGGGGAAUGUUGACUUGGGGUCAUUACCCAGAUCUUGGAAAACCUGAAGUUGAAGAAUGGUGGGGCAAUCAGUAUCAGGAUCUGCUAGACUGGGGAUUGGACUUCGUUUGGCAAGACAUGACAACGCCCGCUAUGAAAGCAAGUAUACAUCAAAGUCCCUGUCCACUCCUUUCAUUUCCAAUGGAUCUCAUGAUAUCAGAUAAUGAAGAAACCCGUUAUGCACAGACGGUUGUGUCGGUUGGGAAGCCAUUCGCCAAGAUUCGCUGCCUGUAUAACUACAAUCUCUGCAAAGCAACGCACGUUGGACUGGACCGUAUCAACGGUGAAAAACGGAACUUCAUCAUCGCCAGAGGUGGCUUUAUUGGAGUUCACCGUCACGCGGCACUGUGGACUGGGGACAGCACAUCGAACUGGGAAUUCGUACAGAUCAACAUUCCAUUGGUGCUUACGAUUGGGCUGUCAGGGCAACCGGUGUCUGGCUGUGAUAUUGGUGGCUUCUGCUGCGAGUACAUGGGUCAGAUUGUCGAUCCCGAGUUGCUUACAAGAUGGACUAUUCAAGGAGCGUUUUUGCCUUGGUUUAGAAACCAUUACGACAACUAUUCAGAGCCAUAUCAAGAGCCGUACAAAUAUGCCGAGCCUGUGCCGACCAUUUGCCGAAAGUAUAUCGAGUUGCGAUACCGUCUAAUCCAGGUUUUCUACGAUGCAAUGUACGAGAAUACUGUGACUGGUAAACCAAUAUGUCGCCCUCUUUUCAUGGAUGAAAUCGAGCCAGGUGUAUUUAACUACGAUGCUGCUUGUGACGAUGAUCACUCGUGGGGCUGGGUUGAUGGAUACACGGCCAACCGUUUAGACGAUCAGUUCUUUGUCGGACGUAACAUCCUUGUGUGUCCUAUCGUGAACCCGGGACAAACAAAUCGUCCUGUCUAUCUACCACAAGGAAGCGUUUGGUAUCAUUUCACUGACAGCAAAGCGCCUCUUGGACCAGCGGUCUCAGGCGGUCAAGAGUUCUCAUUCUAUGCACCAUGGGAUAAGCCUGAAUGGGACAAUACAGCCAUCUACAUCCGGGAAGGGGCAAUCAUCCCCAUGCGAGAAUUGGAGCAGUAUAUCGGAGAAUUAUACUCUCAAGGAAAAGAGAACACCAUCACUUUCUACAUCUACCCGGGUAGAGACGAUCGCUACACUUUGUACUUGGACGACGAUGGUCUGUCACGUGACGCCGAGACAAAGAAGAAGUACCGCCUGACAGAAAUCAGCCACAAAGGUGUGAACAGCGGGCAACAAGUACGCGUUAAACGUGUACACGAUAAAUACAAGCCUGUUGAAACCUACUAUUACAUCGGAUUGUUGGGAACAGUUAAUCCGAAAAGCGUGAAGAUCGGGGUUUUGGCGUUGGAAAAGAAAGUCGAGGAAAAUGACAAGGCCAGCUCGAAAGCGCUUGCGGAGUCCAAGGUAGACGGUUAUUACUACAACUCGUACCUAAAGACCACUUACAUCAAGAUAUUUGAUACGAAAGUGGAUAUAACUCUGGAUAUCUUGUUCUGAUUGGAAGAACGGAACGAAAUUUUGAGGUUUUUAUGUGAUAUCUCACGCGUAUGUGUUAGUGCACUAUUAUUUUGGAUAAAUUUGGAUAAUUUCGAGAUUUUUAGUUUUAUUUCGAUUAUUCGAGAAGAAAUGUUAGACGUAGUUAUUUGUUGUUGAUUUUAAUCGAUAUUAAAAGUUCUCAGUAAAGAUGCA